AUCCAAAUAUAUCUCGUUUAAUGUUUUAGUGUCCAAUGAACAUUUCAUCAGAUAAUAUCAACUUAUUCAAAAUCAUUCCCAAGAGCAAGAUGGCAGACAAGAAGACAACCGGAGUGCCGGAAAAGCCGGAGAGCUCUGGUUCUGGCAGUCGGGUCCCGGUCCCUGAAAACUUGAGAUUUAUGUCGCGUAAGAUAUAUGCUAUGAGAGGAGAGGUUGCGAAGAGAGGAGUUAAGCGCAAGGAGGUGUUCCCAUCAUGCACCUGUGCCGGAGCAGAUGAUUCUGCCUGGUACUCCCAGCUAGGAACAGCCUCUAGUCUUGAGGAACUCAGAUCAAGUUUCGAGGAGAGGUUGAGUGUGUCGGGGGACGCUAUCCGAUUCAUUCAGAUUCAGGUGGCAGGUCCAGCCCCAGAAUCUGUAGUUAACAGAUGCCCUGCCCCUGAGUGGGUUAUCAUAAGGUCUCAAAACAAAGAGAAGUUUAUUAUUGUUUAUAAGAAAAGGAGUGGACAUGUCUGUAACAACUCUUACAUAGUUGUUGCCAUACUGGAGUACAAUGCACUCAAAGACGAAUUAAGCUCCGAAGCUUAUGCUAUCAUGACAAAUGUUACGAGUUCUACGACAGGUGUGAACACAAAGAGGGGUUGUGAGAAGAACGCCAGUAAAUCCUGCAAGUGUCAGGGAACUGACUCCGCAGUUUCCGGACAAAGUUUCACCUGGGGUUGUAGUUCCUCAGUGUAUAAUUAUUUGCUCUGCAAAUUCUCACGUUCCGAGCAGGCCCGCCUCUUCAAUCUGGGCAAUAACCAGACAGAGUUGGAGGAUAAGCUGGGUUUUCUUGUUAAUAAAGUUGCCGACGAGGUGGCAGCCAAGCACAAGAUCCUGGCCCCGGACUCCUUCAACAAUAUGAACUUGUUCAAGGAUGUGGGGUGUUGCGGAAUCGGAUCUGGACCAGACCGCCCCUAUAGCGGUGUAACGGCCGUGGUCGAUUUUUCGGCUCAUGAGCAUAAGGACGUAAACAACAUGAUCGGCGGUACCACCGCCAUCGUUACUCUUUCUAAGCCGGAUAUUAGAGGUGAAGGGGAGGACAGCAGAGUGAGCAAGCAGCUCCAUAUCCUGCCUUUAUACCGUCCGAGUGAUCCCAUUCCCAGCACACAGAACGGAGGAUUGAAGAAAUUGGAGGGAGAAGGGCAAGGUGUGGCAUUUUCUCUGCCUCACGGAAGUUUACUCCUUGAAGUAGCUAAACAUGAAGUCCAUGCCACCACCGCCUUGGAUAAACCAAACAGAAUUCUUCCAACUAGAGUUGGAAUGGUUUUCUAUAGACAUAGUAAGCUCAUAUUUCCUCAUCAUGCCAAGGAGGUCUAUCCUAUUAAACAACUCGAAAGGAUGAACCAGAGGUAUGAAGACUGGAAGAGAGGGGCUUUUGUCCCAAUCCCUAGCGAAUUAAAAUCGAUGAAGGCCCUCGGGUUCAAACUCCCCGACAAUGUGAAGCUGAAAAAGUCGAAGAAUGAAAAAACCGAUGAUUCUAACAGAUUCAAUCCUAAUGACUUCCCUGAUUUCACACCAGGAAGAGAAACACAAGUUUCUCUACAAGUGGAAAAAAGUUCCAGCAUCUGCAGUGUCUCUGCUUAGGAGCAUAGUUUAAUCCGUUAAGAAUUCUCUGUAAUUAUAUUUUCAUCGUUUAAGAAUAAUUUGAAAAUUGUUAAUUUUUAGAGAGAAAACAA